GAAACACAUUCAGCGUAUACAACACAUCUGUUUGGUCUGCAGCUGCUGUAUAAUAGUCAAGGCAGGCGCAUUCGCAACAAGAGCCUUUCAUCUCUUCGCCAUCUAAUCACUGCAUGAAGCUCUACGCGGUUCCUCUGCGCAAUGUCAGCUCAAAGAAAAUCUUCUUCUAUGCCGCUCCCAGCAAGACGCUCGCAGCAGACAUCAACCCCUCCGUUCAGGAUCGCGUCAUCAACAAGGCAUCUUCCACUUGGCUCAAAUUUGAAGAUGCCAAGAGCGGAUGGAAGAAACAUCUUGUUGGGUGGGGCAACAAGAUGAUUGACAGAAUUGACUAUCGCGAACAUGCGCUCAAGAGCGUCAUGCCACAAUCGAGCUAUGAUCGGUACUAUCCAGGAGCAGCAGCGGCGCGUCAAUCUGUUGUCCUCAAUCAUCCUUCCAAAAUCGCAAAAGAGGAGGUCUUGCAACAGUUGCAAGUUUUGGCUGAUGAAGGAUACCCGCGGCAUCGUCAGAAGAUGAUUCUCAGUCUCAUCUUGGCGCCGCUCAUGGCUCCGUUCGCCAUUAUCCCUGUUGUCCCUAAUAUCCCUUUCUUCUACGUUGCGUAUCGCGCGUGGUCACAUUACAGAGCCAUGAGCGGGUCAGCCCAUCUCCAGCUGCUACUCAAGGAAAGCAGGAUCCAACCAAGUGCGUCAAAACAGAUGGACGAGCUGAUUGAUGCUGAGGGUCAUUUGCAGCUAGACAGGGUGAAGCACAUGUUCAAAGCAAAAGAACCGCAGAUGACGGUGGAGAUUGAGCGGGCAGAUGCGCAACUUGCGAGAGAGGCACAGACACUGGAACAAGCUGCCGAGACGAAACCGGCCGGGACGGCGACUGUGGUGAAGGCUGUUGAAGCAGCGCAGGAGCAGAUGGAGGAGGCCAAGGAGCCGAGUGCAGCGGAGGUUGCUCGCAACAAACAGCGCCAGUCCCGGAUAGGGUUGCACAAGUAGUAAUUAGUAGUAGACUGGUAGACUAAGUAUAAGAUCGAGUCUAUAAAAA